CGCCGUCCACGCUCCGGCUGCGGCGCCAACACUGUCUGCUUCCAGGGCUAAUCUAAUCUGAUACGAACUUCCCACGCUAUCUUACCGCUGCGCUGCGCUGCUCUGCUUCUAGCCCGAGUCCCUCCAAGCCAUCUUCCUCCUCCCCUUGUCCUUCAUUCCUCUUUUUAAAGUUGGCCGUUAUCGCACCGUCCGCGAUUGGCUCUUGGUUACGCAUCUCUGACAAGGACCUGUCCCUCUUGCUUUUAAAAUACCUACGCUGGUGCUUUUCCCGCUCCUUUCAGUGAACGCCACUUCCGCCAUCCGACGCCGAAGCGACAUUCGAUUGGCUCUUGUUCUGUUUUGCUUUGUUUUGCAGUAGACGGGACUGGGUCGACCAUUCUAUGUGCAUGCCGCCCGUCAAGUCCGUCGCAACUCUCUUGUAGCUGGCCCGGGGAACCGAAGAACAAAGACCAAAAAAAAAAAAAAAAACCUUCCUCUUUUCUCUUCCUCUUCUCGUAUCAGCCUCUUACAAGAAUCAUACAUAACUCAAUUCCUCUGGCGGCCAAUUGAAUUGCUCCACCAACGCUUCUUUGCUCUUCCAUUUGCGCUGCCGUCAACGCUCUGAAUUCGAACCGCCCUCCGCAGAAAGAGGAUGCGAUUGUAUCGAUAACCUCUCUCGGUUGACUCAAAGAAACAUUUCCGCGCAUAGUGGUUAAAGCAAACUAUGAAAUACGGCAUUCAGCUGGAGAGGGAGUCUGUUCCUGAAUGGAGUCUGCACAAUCUCGACUACAAUUCUCUGAAACAUGAGAUCAAGGUCCAUACAACCCGCGACCAGGCCACGGCUCUGGCCAUUCCCGGCCACCAAGACACCGCGCUGCGCCGAUUCGAGGACGCCCUGUUUACCGAGCUCUGCAACCAGCACGAUCGCCUAGAUCUAUUUGUUACCAGCAAGGCGGAUGAAGUAUCAAGACGCUUAGAACAUAUUGCCGCCAACAUCAGGCGGUUUGCCGCCAAGAGCCAUCACCUCCACGCCGACUCGCCGAGUGUUUCGCUUCGAUACCAGCGCAAAUUCAUAAAAUAUGAGCGUGAAUUGCUGCGGUGUAGAGAGGAUACCCAGGCCUUGUCGCGCUUUGUUAAUGCGCAAGUCGUUGCGUUUCGCAAGAUUCUCAAGAAAUACAGGAAGUGGACUGGUUCAUCAUCUUUAAGCUCCAGAUUCAAUGAAGAGAUUCUAAGUCACCCAAAGAGCUUUACACGACGCAGCUUUACAGACCUUCAGGAGAGACAUGACGAAAUUGAGCAACAGCUUCGGCAUGCCACACCGGCAUUUAGCGAACCGAGCUCUCCCUCAUCCGUCGACACUCCCGUCGCUCCUUCGAAUCAGCCUUCAAGCUCGCAUCGCGUCGCUUUUGAUCCUUUGCCCCCAUCAUGUUUCGACGAUACGCAGCCCAAAUACUGGAACGAGUACGAUGACGGCAGCGACGCGGGCGGAGCCGACGAAGAGUACGCAAUCUAUAUCAACCCCGACCAAGACUCGAGCUUCCCCGGCCUAAGUUACGCCCAAGCCAUUGUAUCGUUUCCCUUUGAAAAGGCCAAGGAGUGGUUUGGUAAGCCUCAGGCUGCCGAGCGACAGCCCCUCUUUUCAUCCUUUUCAUCCGGGGACUCGAUCAACCAGGGGUACGGUUCCACGACGGCGGUGCACACCGACUCCGACGAAGAGGAGGCAUACGCCAGCUCCGACGGUUUCCCCACACGAGGAUAUGCCGCGCACUAUGCUCUGCCCAGCGUCAACAACCAGCAGCUGCGACGCUACAGGGAGCGCGUCCUGUUUUGGGGCACCAUUGGCUGUUUCGGUGCCACCUUCAUCUUUCUCGGCAUUGCCGGCAUUCUCAUCUCGACGGGCCGGCACAAGCUGCGGGUCGAGGUUGAUGCCGGCGCUACCGUUGGAGCAGUGGUCAGCUUAUUCUGUGCCUGCUCCGGCCUUGGUAUGACGCUUUACCGAGAAGACCAGCUAUCGCUAGUUUACCGCCUGGGGGUCUGGGCAAUCUUCAUCGCUUCAUGUCUUCUCAACGGCAUGCUGCUCAUCCUGAUCCUGGGGAAUGCCCCAUGAGAUCCACAAGUUUGGAGCUCCAGCAAGGGACCUUGCAUUUCUUUUUUCAUCUUUUAUAUUCUCUCUCGAAUGCAUACGUGCGGAGCAUCAGACUCGUGUCUGCGGUGUUUGGGUCCUUGGCUCUUUCUGUAGGGCUUUUCUUUUUCUAUUUCUUUUCGGUCUUGGGUUCGAUCACAGCGUUUCAAUAAUAUUCCAGCGUCCUUUUUUCCAGGACGGAAGGAGGGCAAAGGUGCGAUUUGUCAACGGCAUUCUUCAAAUUACUAGCAUGGUGGCGCCGUGAGUGGGCAUUUUCUUCGUGUAUAUGAUUCAUGUAUAGGUAUUGAUGCAUGAUGGAGGUGAGGACGAAGUAUCGGCAUAUUCGGAGGAGGCCUAUUGUUUCUGUAGCACUAUGGGCAAAAUAGUUUGCAUCGGUAUAUGUAUAUAUCGUCUCUACGACAGCAUGCCCUAACUGAAAUAAAAUACAAAACAAAUAAGC